GUCUGCAACAUGUCAGAACGAGAGGCGUCGGCAAGUCUUUGUAAGCCACGUAUUCUUGUUGUGCUACGUGGCAGCAGCCCACAACUUCACAAAACCAUGAGCAUAUCUAUUUAAAGCCUUGUUUCAACUUUCAACCUCCUCACAUACCAAUAUCUAUCCGAUCAUUCAUAAAAACAACACCUAAUAUGCAGACAGCGAAGAAUGCAGCAGCAUCCGUCAAGGAGACAGCGGCGAACGUGGCUGCCUCCGCCAAGUCCGGCAUGGAAAAGACCAAAGCCACCCUGCAAGAAAAGGGUGAGAGAAUGACUGCACAUGAUCCAACGCAAAAGGAAAUGGCGACGACGAAGAAGGAGGCGAGGAAGGAUCAAGCCGAGUAUGAGAAGCAGGUGGAGCGUGACCAAAACGCGGUGCAGAGACAAGCGGCAGAGGCCACCGGAACUCACUCAUAUUCCACCACCGGAGCUACUGGUCAUCCCAUGGGAAGCCACCUGAUGUCGGCGUUGCCUGGACAUGGAACUGGACAACCGGCUGGAGAUGUGGUGGAAGGGGUGGUUGGGUCUCACCCGAUUGGUAGGAACACCGGCACCGGUCAGUCUGUUGCCGGGAAUAACCCAAGAACUGGUGGAGGCGCUGGCGGAUAUAGCACCGGAGGGGCAUACCGUUGAUAGACUCAGCGUGGGCUUUUGAUUUGCUUUAAAAUAUAGUUGCGUACUCUUUUUGUGAAUAAGAGAUUGCAGUUUCAAGUUGGAUUUGAAUGUAAAUCUUGUGUUUUUUCAUCUGUUUGGAUUAUGUAUUUCUGUUUUGAUGUUAUUAAUCAUGUCAAGUCGUCUUACGAUAUCUUACUAAAAAAAGAAAGUAGGAGCCUGGUAGCCACCAACUGGCUACUUAAUGAGAUAAACCCUG